UAUUAUUUUUGAGGUCAAUACGCUUGCGCCAUUUAUUAAUGUUAUCUUUCCCGCCAUUUCAUCUAAGUUAAAAGUUGCCUUUGUAGAUAGAUUUUUCUCAGUACAUUUUAAUAUUGUUAAAUCAAUACGAUGCCAAGAGAUUACAGCGAGGAAAAAGAUCAUGUUCGUAGGUUUUUAUCUGAGCACUGUGUUAAUGGUCCUGAUGGAAAAGACUUUAAAUAUGGAAAUGCAUUGGUAAAAAUUGCUCAUAGAGAACUCACCAGCCUUUGUAUUGAACUAGAUGAUGUCCAAGAUAUGAAUCCUGAAUUGGCUGAAAAUAUUGUUAACAAUACUCGAAGAUAUUCACAACUUUUUUCUGAUGUAGUAUUUGAAAUGCUUCCUGAUUAUAAAGAAAGAGAAGUUGAAAACAAAGAUGUCCUUGAUGUUUUUAUUGAACAUAGAUUAAUGAUGGAGCGCCAGAUGCAUCCACCUCAACCUGGUGGAUUACAAGAAGACAUAAGGAAAAUGUAUCCACCUGAGCUUUUAAGAAGAUAUGAAAUCCAGUUUAAACACAGCAGCCAACAAAAAGCAGAGUCUGUAAGAAAUAUAAAAGCCGAACGAAUUGGAAAGUUAUCAGUAGUGCGUGGUAUUGUUACAAGGUGUACUGAAGUAAAACCUGUAAUGUCAGUUGCUACUUAUACAUGCGAUCGAUGUGGAGCUGAAGCUUACCAAUGUAUAAAUUCACCAACUUUCAUGCCAUUAAUUAAUUGUGAAAGCCAUGACUGUAAGACUAAUAGAUCUGGUGGUCAACUCUAUCUACAAACUCGCGGUUCAAAAUUUAUUAAAUAUCAAGAGCUAAAAAUUCAAGAACACAGUGACCAGGUCCCUGUUGGUAAUAUACCAAGAGCAAUGACUAUUGUAGCACACGGAGAUAAUACACGUUUAGUUGUACCUGGGGAUCAUGUUCAAAUUACAGGAGUUUUGUUACCCAUGAUUAAACAAGGAUUUGCAGCAAGUGUGCAUGGUCUAAACACAGAAACUAUAUUUGAGGCUCAUAAAAUUAUCAAGAUGAAUAAAUCUGAAGAAGAAAUAAACGAUCGAGAACUCUCAGAAGAAGAAGUUUUAUCUCUUUCAGAAGAAGCUGACUUUUAUGAAAAACUCUCCUCUUCAAUUGCUCCAGAGAUCUAUGGUCAUGACGAUAUCAAAAAAGCUUUAUUGCUUUUACUUGUUGGAGGAGUUGACAAAAAUCCUAAUGGAAUGAAAAUUAGAGGCAGUAUCAACAUGCUUCUUAUGGGUGAUCCUGGUGUUGCAAAAUCCCAACUACUUGGUUAUAUUGAUAGACUAGCACCACGAAGUCAAUACACUACUGGGCGUGGAUCUUCAGGUGUUGGACUUACCGCUGCUGUUACAAAAGAUACCUUGACUGGAGAAAUGACUUUAGAGGGUGGAGCCUUAGUGUUAGCUGAUCAAGGCGUUUGUUGUAUUGAUGAAUUUGAUAAAAUGGAAGAUGGAGAUCGGUCUGCUAUUCAUGAAGUCAUGGAACAACAAACUGUCUCAAUAGCAAAAGCAGGUAUAAUCACAACAUUGAAUGCACGUGUAUCCAUCCUUGCAGCUGCUAAUCCUGCAUUUGGUCGAUAUAACCCUAAGAAAACUGCAGAACAAAAUAUUCAAUUACCAGCUGCUUUGUUAUCUCGAUUUGAUUUGCUUUGGUUGAUCCAAGACAAGCCAAAUAGAGAAAAUGAUUUGCUGUUAGCUCAACACAUUACUUACGUACAUCAAAACUCUGUUCAUCCUCCUGCUCAGUAUACUCCGUUAGAUAUGAAUUUAAUGAGACGUUACAUAGCCUUGUGUAAAGAGAAACAACCUACAGUUCCACAAGAACUCACUGAUUACAUUGUGAGUGCUUAUGUUGAAAUGCGAAAGGAAGCAAGACACAAUCGUGAUAUGACUUUUACGUCAGCUAGGACAUUGCUUGCCGUUUUACGUAUCGGAACAGCAUUAGCUCGUCUUCGAUUGGCGGAUACCGUAGAAAAAGAAGACAUUGACGAAGCUAUGCGACUUAUGGAAAUGUCAAAGGCUUCUUUAUCUGAAGAUGAAGCACCUCAAAAAAAGCCUCGCGCAGUUGAUGCUAUUUAUGGAUUAAUUCGUGAGAUCGCUGGACUCGAGAGUUAUGUCAAAGUCGAUCAAGCUAAACAACGUUGUUUAACUAAAGGUUUUACUCCAGACCAAUUUGAAGCUUGUCUACGAGACUACGAAAACUUAAAUAUAUGGCUGCUCAACAAAGCACGAACUCGUAUUACUUUUGUCUGAGUGCUCAAGUUUUAACGAAAUUGAUUGUUUUAUAGAGUUAUAAGAAGGUACACUCUGGAAAACCAUACGUUUCCUAAAAAAAUAGUAAAAUCAACUUAUCCUUGGUAAAAAAACAGGGUUUAAAUCGAAUUCAUUGAUCCCGACUUGUGUUUAUAAUUUAUAUUACAUUUUUACAUUACAUUGUAAAAACUUAAAAAAAGAAAUGUAAAUUAUAGACAAAUUUGUUGAAGCGUCGUUGAUUCGCACUUUUAAA